GUUUGGAAAUUUAGUAGCUUGGCCUGACUGGCCCCCCCUAAUACUAUGGAAUACUACUACUAGAAGUAGUAGUAUUACACAGUAAGCUUCACCCACCCCCCUUCCGAUGUGGCUCAGUUCUCUUCGAGUGGUGAAUGUGGAUUCCCUGUUCAGUCACAGCCGCAAGGCGCCUUUGCGCUUUCCCUCGUUUUCUCUCUCUCUCUCUCUCUCUCUUUUUCUCUUCUCUUCCUCUCUUCUCACCCACUCACUCACCCUCUUAAUUUCUGGCAUUUCCUUCGCGUCAUCUUCUCAGGCCAGGCUUCUCAAGACCAGAGCCUCGUUUCCUGGGCUUUCUUGUUUUUCUUUUACUUUCUCCCUUUUCCACCCAAUAUUUCGCUCGUUCCUCUCUCUCUCACCCUCGUUCCCCGUGACUGCGGCUCUACUUAUCGAAAUACAUUUAAUACCCGUAAUCUAUCCUACUACUAUCGCUAUCCUCUCUAUUAUUCCCUCCACCCCCACGCUUACCUCUCUCUCUCUCUCUCUACUACUACUACUACUACUACUACUACUUCUCUUCACCACCUCAACUUGGACCACCAACAACUAACCAACAUCCUGAAUCCAUCGUUUUCCUUUCUCCUUCCCCUUCCCCGUACUACUUCCACUGCAUGUCGCUCCACUCAGGAUUCCGUCCCGCUUAGCUGAACUCUCUUCUGCAAUCUUCAGUCACUUGUUUUCCCCUCGCUCGUGACUAAGUACUACUAGUAGUACUCCAAGCUCGGGUCUUGGCCUCAUUUGUUCUUCACUCUACUAACUCGCUCCUCCCGGCUUACUGCGACGGUGGCUUACCCACUUCACGUUGCGCCCGCCACAUACUGAUUUAAGGGGCAUUCCUGA